AUGGUGCCUCCAGCCUGGAGCCCCCUCAGUAUGCCCCGUACAACUCAGGGCCUGACAGAAGAAGGCAUUGCUCUCUCUCCAGAACUCUACUAUGACCGUGGGAACCACCAUGAGUUUGUGUCCCUGGUGAAGGACUUGGCCCGGCCCGGAGAAAUCACGCAGUCGCAGGCCUUCGACUUUGAAUUUACCCACGUGGAGAAGCCAUAUGAAUCCUACACAGGGCAGAAUGUAAAGCUGCGCUAUUUCCUCCGAGCCACCGUCAGCCGCCGCCUCAGUGAUGUUGUCAAGGAGAUGGAUGUUGUAGUUCACACACUCAGCACAUACCCGGAGCUGAACUCUUCCAUCAAGAUGGAGGUUGGGAUCGAGGACUGUCUGCACAUUGAGUUUGAGUAUAAUAAAUCCAAAUACCACUUGAAAGACGUCAUUGUGGGGAAGAUAUACUUCCUGUUGGUAAGAAUCAAGAUCAAGCACAUGGAGAUCGAUAUCAUCAAGCGGGAAACAACAGGCACAGGCCCCAACGUGUACCAUGAGAACGACACAAUAGCCAAGUACGAGAUCAUGGACGGGGCGCCAGUGCGAGGAGAGUCCAUCCCGAUCCGGCUCUUCCUGGCGGGGUACGAGCUCACACCCACUAUGCGGGACAUCAACAAGAAGUUCUCAGUGCGCUAUUACCUCAACCUGGUGCUGAUCGAUGAGGAGGAGCGGCGCUACUUCAAGCAGCAGGAGGUGGUGUUAUGGCGGAAGGGUGACAUCGUACGGAAGAGCAUGUCCCACCAGGCAGCCAUCGCCUCACAGCGCUUCGAGGGCACAACCUCCCUGGGUGAGGUGCGGACCCCUAGCCAACUGUCUGACAGCAACAGCAGGCAGUAGGCCCCUGCGGCCAAGAAGCUGCCGGGCUUCUGCCCAGCACCCCACCUACAAGACACCAGUGGCUGGGGAGGUGGGACGCUGUGAGGCUCAGCUGGCCCAUUACUUGCAACCUAAAAACAAAUCACGUUUUUGACUUAAAUUCUUUUCUCUGAAGAACGUGAGGGGCAUGGGUUGGGAGGCAGUCUCCCUGGGAUUCUGCAGCUGAUGUAAAGAUAGGGAGAGGCAGCGUCCUGGAAGCCUCUGUCUCUGGGGAAGAGGAGCCUUCUGUUGAGGCCUUCCUCGGGGUCUGCCUUGUGUCGUGGGAAAGCAGAUAGCAUGCAUCCUGGGCUCCUGCUCUCUGAGCUUCCCCAUACAGGAUCUGAGCAUGUCCCUGGGAUUCUGAGCUGCCAACACAGCCCUGGGUAGUCACGUCUCAUACUCCCCUCUACUGUCCCCAAGGUAGCGGCAGGAGUUGGGCCUGCCCCAUCCUAAAUGGCAGGGAGAGACUCAAGAGCAGGAAGUGACCUGUUUGAGAGUCUUUGAUGUGGUGCUUUGAAGUUUCCACAAGCCUCCUUCUUUCUGGCCUCUCCCUGCUGGGACCCAGGUACCUCCCUUCUCCAUCUUCUUUGCGUCAUCAGUAACAUUCUGGAACAGAAGCCUGUGGAAGGGCCUCGGGUGGACUGUCCCCUCCUCCGUGAGAAAUAUCAGGGCCCUGAGAAGCCCGGGCUCAGUGUCUUGCAAUGGACGGUAGCAGUGUUGCUCCCAGGAGGCUGAGCCAGGCCCACCAAGGAGGAAGGGACAAUGCGCAGCACCUGUCUGCCCUCACCACGUGGCUUCACUCGGCAGCGCGAGGUCCAGGUUGUUCUAGGGUGUUGCUCUGUGUGCCCCAACAAGCCCUAAGCACGAGGGUCUGUCUCCUUUUAAGAAGGGUCCUGAGAAAGGGCCUUGAUCCCUUUGCUUCCCUGAAAGUGGAACCUCACCACAACUUGUCCUCUAUUUAAUUUCUGGGAAUUGGGGCUUGGUUUCACACACUUGGAAAUGCCCCCAGCCCUUCACCCCUCUACCUGCAAGGUAACCGAGGGAGAUGAGGGCCUCAGCAGAAGACUCUGCCACCACAACUUCAGAAUAAUUCUGCUUGCCAAAUUACAUCUGCAUCGUCACCAGCUGACUGAUCCAGAUUUAGGACUAUUGGUAUUUUUUGUUUAAAAACAAAUAUACAAAACCACAUGCAUAUUCUUGUUAUGCUAGAGAAGAGGGCAGUUCCCCCUCUGUUGCUGUGUGCUUGGCCUAUAGUAGUAAAGGUGUUUACUGUCCUUUUCCACCUCAUCUGGAAAUGACCAGGAGUUCCUUUCCUAUUAGCCUCUUUUCCCUUUAUUAGAAGGCCAAACAGACCCCACUCCCAUCAUCUUUCCGUUAGUGAGGAAAAUGGGGACUCCUUUUUUCCUCAGAAAUCAGUGCAAUCUUGGGCCUUUAAUUGGGCAGCGUUCACUGAUUGGAGUUGAGACUGGAGGGAAAGGCAUUUGGGGUGACACGAGAGGCUGACUUGGGGCAGCAGAACCAAGGAAGGUAAGGUGGUUUCCCGCAUGCCAGGCCCGAGUCCAGGUGCGACAUACAAUCCCCUGGGAACAGGAUCCCCCGUCCAGCUGCCCUUGGAUUAUCAAGAUUGGGGCUUAAGUGUAUAAGGAGGCAGGUUCUGUGCUCCUUACCCUUUUUUAGAGCAUGAGAUUAGCCUCCUGUGUGCCUCUUUUUAAUAGGUGGUGUCCUAACUAGAAAGCAUUUGUCAACUCCUCUGCCUCCCAAUUGACAACACAAAUUCAUUUUCCAACUUUCUUCCUAACAUCUUAAACUUUUCUUCCGGGAGAAUUAGUAGAUAGAGUUUGCUUUGAUUCUCUCAGGAGCUGUGCACAAGCCAGGUGUUCUGUUUUCUUAUUCUGCCCCCAUUCUCUACUUCUCUGUCCAACUGUGAAAGUGAGGGGAGGUUCCUGUCCCCCUCCUAUAAGGUCCUCGUACCUGGGAGUGCAUAGGUACUAAACCAAGCAGUGCAAAUUGUAAUUAAGCAGCUGCAGUGUUUACAUGUUUCUUAAUGUGUUGUCUUUUCAAUGGCUGUAUUUUAAAAGAACACUUGUUUUAAUGAUUAAAGGAAGCCCCUGUGGCUUUGGAGGCAUUGUGCCCAUGGUCCACCA